AUGACUAAAACUGAAACGGAGACAGCUCCCGAUGAGAAAAUUAUUUCGUACUUGCAGACAAAGGGCUUCUUUGAAGACGAAGAUGAAUCUAUAAAAAGGGAAAGAGUGCUGGGAAUACUUAGCAAUUUAGUCAAUAAAUUUAUCAUGAGUAUAGCUCGGCGUAAUGAAAUCCCAAUUGACCCAAAAAGUCUAUCUAAAAUAUUUACAUUUGGCAGUUAUAGACUCGGGGUGCACUCGUCCGGCGCUGACAUUGACACGCUCUGCAUUGUGCCGAGCUUUGUGAGUAGAAACGAGUUUUUUACGACCUUCUACGACGAGCUUGCGUCUAAGGAAUACAUCUCUGAAAUAUCAAAAGUAACCAACACUUUUGUUCCUCUGAUUAAAUUUAAGAUUAACUCAAUUCCCAUUGACUUGGUGUUUGCGCGCAUGGAUCUCUCCUCUAUCCCGCCAAACAUAAAUCUGCUGGACAAUAAACUACUAAAGCACAUGAACGAAAAGUGUAUUCUUAGCCUGAACGGAAACAGAGUAACCGAUGAAAUACUGGCACAGGUUCCAAAUGUUAAAACAUUCCACAUAGCCCUCAGGUUUAUUAAGUACUGGGCGCAGUGCAGGCUGGUCUACGGCCACUCGUACGGAUACAUGGGAGGAGUGGCGUAUGCGCUGUGCAUAGCAAAAGUCUGCCAGAUGAACCCAAAUUCUGAAGCAAUUGACCUGAUUCACAAAUUUUUCGAUCUUUUUUCAAAGUGGCAGUGGCCUGCGCCCGUUAUCAUUAAGGAAGUGCCAGACUGCAACUACAAUCUGAAGGUGUGGAACCCAAAAGUAAAUGCACACCAUAAGAACGAUAAAAUGCCUGUCAUCACUCCCGUCUAUCCUCCCCUUUGCUCCACGCACAACAUAACGAACAGCACACUGAGCAUAAUGAAGAAAGAGUUUGCCCGAGGAUGCGCGAUAUUUGAAGAGAAUGCAGCUGAAAAACAGGAUAUGUACUCUCUUCUCGACUCUCUAUGCGCAGGCACAGACUUCUUCACCCGGCACAAAAACUAUUUUGUGGUUGCCAUGGCAGGGGACAGCUCCAAAGAGUUCAGCAAGUUCCUGGGAUUCGCAGAAACGCGAGUAAGAAUGUUCGCACAGAAGCUAGAAAGCAUUGAAAACAUCACGUGCUCGUACACGCUUCCAAAGAAAUACACAGUGGAAGAUGUAUCGCCAAAGGACAUCCCCAUACUAAAAGAUCUGAAGUGCGAAGGAGACUCCUACACUCUGGGAGUGCUCUUCGUGGGCAUUGACUUUACGACAGUCAAGCUGCCCCUGAACGCCUCGAAGAAAAUGAACCUAAAGAAGCCGGUGCUGGAGUUCAAGUCUUCCCUGGAGGCGUACGAAAACGAAGAAGAGUGCGAAAUUAGGUACGACGUCAUCCCAGUGAAGCAAAAGUCUCUCCAAAGUAUCUUGGAGAUUUUCAAAGAAAAAGAAAUAAGAAAAAGAAAAUCCGAAGAUACGAAAGAAGAAAAAAGAAAGAAGUAA